UGGGAUUUCCACUUUGUUUGCUAGCCCAGUUUUGACAGUACCCAAAACAUAAGCAAAAAUCUUCCAUUUUUCAAUCGAAGCUGGCUGUGCGUUUCUGGGAGCACUUGUCCUACCGAUUCGCCAUUUCUCGAUUUUCCGCUGGAAACGUGCUGGAAGUUUUCGUGUUCGUUCGCUCGACCGUAGUAGCCCCCCCAGUAGCGACAUUCCAGAGAACUGCAGACCUACGCCUUCUGCGUCCCAAGACCGUGUGUGUUCGAGUGUGAGGCUUUUCCGCGAUGGAAGCCAACGGCGAGCCGGUCGCCGUGGUUCCGCAACCACCGAACGGGGAUGAACCGAAAACGACCAUCAGCGAGCUGGAACCUACUGUCGAGCCAAAGCUACUACCAGACGAAACAGCCCAGACCGUGGGCGAUGCCGGCGAUGGAAAGGAACAGCAGCAGCAGCAGCAGCAGCAGCAGCAGGACGAUGCCGCUGUGCCUUCGGCACCCGUAGAUAGCGCAAAGGAAGCAGGUGCGACGGUGGAGGAAACGGCAGCAUCGGGGGGACUGGAGGGGAAAAUGCACUCGCCCCCUCGCAACCGGAGCGGUUCGCGCGACAGCCACACAUCACAGCCGGACCGUCGACGGCGCCGGAGCGGCUCGGAGGUCAGCGAGGCCGGUUCGCGCAAGAGCCGAAGCCGAUCGCGCCAGAGCCGGCGAUCGCGCAACCGGCGCGGCAGCCACUCGGCCAGCGUCAGCCGCAGCCGCAGCCGCUCGGGAAGUCGCCUAUCGUCGCAGCGGCGCGUCCGCACACCGUCCCGGUCGCGGUCGCGCUCCGGGUCCGGCUCGCGGUCCCGCUCACGGUCCCGGUCCCGUUCGCAAUCUCGCUCCCGCUCACGCUCCGGCUCCGGUUCCCGCUCACGCUCACGGUCCGGUUCCGGGUCGCGUUCCCGGUCCCGCUCCGGCUCGGGCUCACGGUCCCGUUCGCGGUCGCGAUCCCGCUCCCGGGCCCGUUCCCGCUCCGGUUCGGCCUCGAGCUCGCGGUCCCGCUCGUCCAAGUCGAAAUCGCGCAGCCGCAGCGUCAGUCGCAGCGUGAGCCGCAGCGUAAGCCGUAGCGUGAGCCGCAGCGUCAGUCGUAGCGUCAGUCGCAGCCGCAGCCGAAGCCGAAGCUCGCGGUCUGUUUCGCGCAGCAAGAGCCCGUCGAUGGCGGCCGGCGAGGAGAAGGCCGGACCGAGCAGCUCGGGCAAGCACAGCAAGCCGGCCAAGCGCAUCAUCGAUUCGGACGACGAGGAGGGCGAGGAGGGCGACCCGGCUGCCGGCAACGGCGAGGGCAAGGAGCGCGAGGAGGGCGAGGAGGACGAGCCCGGUUCCGGCGACGAGGGGAAAGCGAAGGGCAAGCAGACGCUGAUCGAUUCCGACGACGACGGCAUCAAGGACGAUGGGUCCGACAGGGGCCAGUUCAUGUCAGACUUUGACAUCAUGAUGGCCAAGAAGAAGGAGGAAAAGUCGCGCCGCCGCAAGCGGAACGACAUCGAUCUGAUCAACGACAACGACGACCAGAUCGCGCAGCUGCUGCAGCAGAUGCGCCAGGCGGCCGAGCACGACCGGCAGCUGAACGUGGAGGGCAAGCCGGCAACGAAGAAGAUCGCCAUGCUGAAGCACGCGAUGUCGCAGCUGAUCAAGAAGGAUCUGCAGCUCGCGUUCCUCGAGCACAACGUGCUGAACGUGCUCACCGACUGGAUAGCGCCGCUGCCGAACAAGGCGCUGCCGUGUCUGCAGAUACGCGAAAGCAUCCUGAAGCUGCUGUCGGACUUCCCUACCAUCGACCGGUCCUACCUGCGGCAGUCGGGCAUCGGCAAGGCGGUGAUGUAUCUGUACAAGCACCCGAACGAAACGAAGGUGAACCGUGACCGGGCAGGCCGGCUGAUAGCGGACUGGUGCCGGCCAAUCUUCAACCUCAGCACCGACUUCAAGGCGAUGACGCGCGAGGAGCGCCAGCAGCGCGACCUGCAGCAGAUGCCGCGCAAGCGCAAACCGUCCCCGGACUCGGCGGCCUCCACCAGCAAGAGCCAGAAGGGGCUGCCCUUCACCGAGGCGGACAAAGGAACGUUGCGACCGGGCGACAAGGGCUGGAUACAGCGGGCGCGCGUCCCGAUGCCAUCCGACAAGGAGUACAUCGUGCGGCCGAAAUCCAAAAUUGAUGUAGAUAUGAGCAGUAUUGCGAAGAAGAAGCUAAACCGCUACGAGAAGCAUCUGAAGAAGUUUAUCGACCAGAAGAGACUGAACUCGACGCGCCGCGCGGUCGACAUUUCCAUCGAGGGACGUAAAAUGGCGCUCUAGGUUUUAGAUUUUUGGGCUGGGUUUUUACACUUGCGGAGACGAACGGAGGUCGCUUUUUCCCCAACCCCCCCUCCUCACCCCCUUUACCUCUAAACACCCCACACUACUUGGGUUCAAGCAUGUACAGCAGGCGCACCAUUGUGAAGCGCAUUAUGGAGCAGGCGGCCGAACCAUCGCUGCUUCUUUCACUCACACACACACCCGUCGAUCCGCCCCAAGACGCAACUUUCAAAUUUUCUCUUUCUCGGUUCGAUAAACACAACUUGGCUAUUUUUUUUCACCACUUGACACUUAUUUCGUAUUAUUUUAUUAAACGGCAUCAUCACGGUCGUUUUAUCAUCAUCAUUUUGCGUAACUGAAUUUAGUAGAAUUGAAUGAUUUAGGCAAUUUUAAAAUAUUGUAAAUUUGAACUAGGACACGUGGGCGUAUGUGCACACCACCACCAUCUGCUCGCACUCUACCCCCAUCGCUUCAACAAUAGGCUCACUCGAAACACAGCAAAACCUGUCGGAGGGUAUGAGAGUUAAAGUAAAAAUCAUUUUUUCUCUCUAAUUUUCCUGAAACUAACUGAAGUUCGCUCCGAGCUUAUACUUAAUCAUGUUCGCACACCACCUACACAUCCAAUUAUAAUUUGAAGCGACAAUAAAAUAAUAAAAAGAAAUGGAGCAAAACAUACAAAA